GAUGGUGGGGAAAAUUACAAACGUCGAUACUGGCGACAUUUUCAUCGAUUUUUUUCCAUUUAUAGAUUUUCGGAUAACAUAUUUUUACUAGGUUUCAUAAAAUCUAGUAUUUAUUUAAUAAGUUCCUUGUUCUGCAUCAAUGGAACAAUCGACACAGCAAGCACAGCAACAUCCCUUGGCAAACUACCAGUUUUCUUCAGAGGAGCUUAAAGUUUUAAGAGAGUGUAAUACAGAAUCCUUCUUCCAACGUUCUUUGCCAUUAAGCACUGCUUUAGGGGUGGGCGCUUACUUGGCAGUAAAAAGUGGGUACUUGCAACCCAACUUUAAGUAUGGCGCCGUGCCUAAAGUGGUGGUGGGUGUAAUAAUUGGUUAUUUCCUUGGAAAAUUUAGUUACCAACAAAAGUGCGCAGAAAAACUAAUGCGAUUGCCCAAUUCAAGGCUAGGAGAAUUAUUAAAGCAGAGAAGAAAGGAUGGCGGCGUAAUGGGUAGGCUUAAUCCCGAUCAAGGGAUGGGAAUCGGGCUGGGCUUGAAUCCGUUUAAUUCAACAUUGUCAAGCACAAACGAAGAUCUUGGCCGAGAACUCCCUCGUAGCAGCGCUCUUAAUUUAGAUGUAGAAACUCGCCCUUCUAUUGCGGGGCUUGAUGAUAUUUAUCGGCCUACAUUAGAUAAUCCAUCUCCAUUCUACGAAACCGAUGUACCAAUCGACCAAGCAAAACACGGAUUGAGUUACGAGGAGCUACGGAAGAAAAAUCGCGAGGAGUAUGAGAAAAAACAGCAAAAUCCAUAUUCUCGCCCUUUGUCAGCAAAUGCACCAGUGGUUAUAAGAGAGAAUGAAGCAUUGAAAGCACCUUUUGGCUCCGAUUCCAAUACAUCAACCUCAACCCGGGGUCACAAAAAUAAAUAUGGCGACACGUGGACUGAUUAGUUUAAAAAUUCUGUUCAGUACAUUUUUAUUGCACGUUAAAAAUUGUUAUCAAAGUGUUAAUGCUGAUAUAUAUACUGCAUAAUUGUUAUCCCUGUGAUGUAAGUGGAAUUAAUUCGAAAUUUCAAUCUAAUUUCCCAACUUCGUGCAGGUAAGCUCCAAGAAG